AUGGCAAAGGACACUCCCCUGGAUUCUGUUGCCAUGCGGGCCCUGAAGCGCUCGGCAGAGGGCGAUUCGGAUGAGGAUGAUCCUGAAUGGCGGCGGAAGGUGUUCCAGCGCACGGAGGAGGAUGACCAGCUUGCCUGGGCCAAGCGGCGGGACCAAUACAAGGAUCGUGCCGAAGAGCGGCGGCAGCGACACAGUAACAGUGGUGCGGCCAUCGACACACUCGUGAAUAAGUUCGAAAAGAUCGUGGAGGCCGAGAGGGUGGCUGCAGAGGCCGAGGAGGCUCGGGUGGACAUGCCCAUGCAAGAGGCUCAUCGCGAGGCAGGCAUGAACGUCGACGGAAGCUUCGUUGGAUUCGGCAACACCGAGCGCGCGGGCAUUGGCUUCCACAGCUCGGGGAGUGCUGAGCUGAUCCCCAACGUGCUUGAUCCGAAGUCGCUGUCGAGACAAGAUUCUUCGAAGCUGAAGACCCAGCUCCGGUACCAGCAGGCGCAUCAGUGA